AUGCACAGUCAGGCUUUUUACCAAAGCCCCCACCUCAAAUGUCCAGAGAAAUCUCUCACCAUGGACAAGCCAUUUAACUAUGACUUCUUCAGUAAAGGUUUCACCCGGAGGGUCAACAGUGGCAGUAUUGCCAGUACAACACCAACUAGUCUCAGUGGCAGUGGACAUCAUCACCUUGGCAAUAGCAGUGGCGGUAAUAAUCAUGGCAGUGAAGGUGAACGUCACUCUUUAACUGACAAAUAUUAUUACUGUGGCUUUUGUAAAAAGCCCUUUACUCAGAGGGCCCAUCUGGAGGCCCAUGAAAUGACCCACUUAGAGAAGACGUUCAACAGUUCGUUUUUUAGUCGAGCUUUCCCAAUACAACCCGAUCUUAAAAAUUUUGAUCGUUCUCAGGCUCAGGUAAACAUGGAAAAACCAUAUGCUAACACCAGUAGUAAUAGUGCUGGAAAUUGUAGUCCGAACUCUGUAUUUAGUAACCGAACACCAUUUCCACUGCACCUUUCCCACCCGCAACACCUUCAACAUGCUCAUUCCCACCAACCAAGUAACCAGAACCAGAACCAAUCAAUUCCACCAGAUAUGAAAGAUUUAGAUCUAAUUCGCUCGCAGAUCACUGGCGGCAAUCCUGUGAACACCGCGGCUACGUCAGGUUCAUCCUCGUCGGAGAAGCUAUUCAGUUGCGGCGUCUGUGGCAAGGCGUUCGCACAGCGCACCAACCUGGCCAAUCACCAGCGUGUGCAUACUGGUGAAAGGCCAUUUGCAUGCUUAGAGUGCGGGAAGUCGUUUAGCCAACAAGGAAACCUGAAAAUUCAUUCGCGGACACACACAGGAGAAAAACCGUUCAGCUGCGAGACUUGUGGAAAGGCGUUUAGUCAACGAACUAACCUCGACAACCACCGACGCGUCCACUCAGGUGAUUUGUUCAACUGCCGCUUCUGUUCAAAGGCUUUCUCCUUGCAAAUCAAUCUGCGAACAAAUGUUCCUGGGGUCAAGCUCAACCUAAACCCCACCAGCAAGGCCACAACAACACUGCCGCUAGCUUCAACAUAUGACAGCUGUGAUAAUCGCUUGAGUAACAAUGGAAAUUUAAACAGAGACAAGCUGCUUUCAAGAAAUGGUUCAAAACCAAGCAGUGACAAUCUAAAUGGGAGUCAGUUGAAUGAGGAUGAUCCCCAUCUGAACUCUUCUUCAAUCGGUGCCAGUGGCCUGAAGGAUCGUUACCGGGACUCCCAGGCUUUGAGCGCCUCAGCACGUCUCCAGGCAUCAGCCAUGACAUCAUCGUGGAUGACAUCUCCUUACCUGCAGGACAUGUCGCAGAGCUGGGAAAAUAAUUACCUCUGGUCAAGGGGGUUUCCUGUGCCCCCAAUGUCCAGUUCAUGUUGGCCCAAUGUGCCAACACCUCUCCCUUGUAGUGUGAAACAGAGUAAACAAAGUUCGUGGACAAGUCUUCAGAGUAUGCACACUUUAUCUUCAAAAGGCAACGUGGAUGUGCAAAGUGGCAGCACCAAAUAA